AUGCCACCGUACCGCGUACCGAAAGAUGUGGAAUCCCGCUUGGAAUCGGUUGCUAGACGUUGCCUUUUGAAAUUCAAAAACUUGAGCGAACCUUAUAAGUUUCCAGAUCGUGGCUCUAAAGUUAAGUUCCUAAAAGCUUGUAUGCAAGAAUUCAAUCACGCGAUUCCCUCUAACGUGUUACACGAACUCGAUGACGUCGAUUCAGUCAGAAAAUAUUUUUCUGUGAAUGUGGAACCAGAAGACAAAUUAGUUGCAAUGCUAGAUGAUCACUUUGCUGCGAAUAGCCUACCAUCGAACCUAGUUAUUCAAGUCGACUCAAUCCGCUGCGACCCGGAGGACAAGUCCUUCUUUUCGACUACUCCAUUCCCUGGUCGGUCUACGAUCGUGAGUGGCCUGAGUUCGAGUAAAAAAUAUCCCUCACGAAAAGUGUCAAAAGAUAGGCGUCUGUGGAUCGAUGCUGAAGACAUUGCAUGA